ACAGGCGUCCUCAACAGGUGCGGGAGCGCCCGCCCGGAGCCUGUACGCCCGCUGCUGCCAGAAAUGCAUAUUUUGUUGAUUGGUAAGAACUGGCAGAUGACGCUUCACGAAAUAUAAAUGCAAGAAAGCUGCAGAGCUCAAUAAAACCUGCUACCUGCCAGUCUAGGAGGUUUGGAGGAAGUCAAGCAGCCACCAGGUAUGGCUCUGGGAGUUCCUCUGUCAGUCUAUCUUCUCUUCCAUGCACUCACCGCCCUGACUGCUGACGCCGACUGGGCUGAGACCUCUCAGAGCAACAAGACGACUAACGAGACCCAAGCUGACUCUGUGGAAGGCCCCGUAGCUCUGAAGUUCUCACACCCCUGCCUGGAAGACCACAGUAGCUACUGCAUUAAUGGCCUGUGUGCCUUCCACCACGAGCUGGACCAGGCCAUCUGCAGGUGUUACACCGGUUAUACUGGGGAAAGGUGUGAGCACCUGACCCUAACCUCAUAUGCUGUGGAUUCCUAUGAUAAAUACAUUGCCAUUGGGAUUGGCGCUGGAUUACUGUUAAGUGGUUUUCUUGCUAUUUUUUACUGCUACAUAAGAAAGAGGUGCCUGCCCCUGAAGUCUCCCUACAACCUGUGCUCUGCAGGAAGACAGCCACUGUGAGGCCCUGAGAAGACAUCGGAUUGCAUUGAGUCUUCUGUGAAAACCUAUGGGCCUCAAAUGGAAAUCUGCAAAUGACAAGAAAAAGUAGCAUGCGAGGUAGACCUGAAAACAACAGAAGCUAAGAUCAUGGUGACAUCAAAGGAUAAAACUCAGCACUGGUCUCCAGGCUUUGCCACCCUUGGGUGUCAUGGAGCCAAGUGUACAAACUGCAGUGGCAGAGGUCACAUGCCUACUCUUCAGUGGGUGUGUGGUGUGGCUACUGUUCUUGCUGCAGAAAAACUGUCUCAUGCUUCUGAUUGGGACAGAGGUAGGCCUGCCUGGAAGUAACUCAGCCUUGCAGCAGGCCAAAGCAGUGCCAGGACUGGGCUCUCUGUGCUACCCACCACUGUGACCACCCACCUGGCUCUGUCUGUGCACUCUGGGCCUGCUCCCAAGCCUUCUGCUUCCCUGGUAUCCAAAUGAUUUGAUGUCACCUUUUAAAUGAGAUCAGUGUUGAGUACCUCCAGUGAACUGAGCAUGUGUCUCAGGGCCAGUCCACAGGAAAGAAACUGGAACGUCCAAGGGAAACACAAAGCACACCCAGCUUGGGACCACGCUGUGAGGCCUUUAUCUGUGAAAUAUGGAAGAAGCCAAAGAGGACUGACAGCUAUCCAGAUAUCAAGUCCAGAGCAGGCCAACAUGUCUGUUCCUGGGUGGAUGAUGGAUUGGCUUGUCCCACAAUGCUUCUGUUUGUUACUUCUUGAAAUUUCCCUCUGUGACAAAGGUGGCAUUACCAGGUAACCAUUCAUUUGGACUGAACUCCCUAACAAUGAACAGUCUACAGUUGGCUCUGAAACAGAAACUGAAGAACUAGGUAAAGGAAUUUUUUCAAUUAACGACAUGUGAAAACAUCUCCAUUUCUGAGACCCUGUAACAGAUUUGGACAGAGAAAAAAUGAAGCAAUGGUAGAAACACAAUGGAGGAUCACGUUUGUUCCUUUUAAAUUGUAGUUCUACUGCAUAAUUUCAGUAGUCUGUGCGGGUUCCUUAAUUCUAUUAUGCUUUGGUUUUAUUUUCUACAUGAUCCUUGUACCUCUAAACUCGGAUAGCAGAGAAGCAGAUGGUGGCCCGUGUGUGUAUGCCUCAGACCUCCAUGUGCAGCCUCACCUCCAGCCCCACGGCACACCACUGAGUUUGUAAAAUAGUAAUUUUUUUUUUUUUACUUUUUUUUUUUUUUUUAAAUCAGUACCAGAGAUCAAACUCAUGACCAUGUGCUUGCAAGGCAGGUGCUUAUGCCUCUGAGCUAAAUCCCCAGCCCAUAAAAUCAUAAUUUAUUUUUAAAUGAAAUUAAAGAAAUUUAACAGCUACCAUUUUUCUUUUUAGAUUCAAACUAAAGCUAUGGACUCUUUUUUUUUUUUUUUUUUUUCUCUCAAUGUGAUGUAAACAAGCCAAGCCAUUUUGCUCACGGCACUGGUUACAGUGAAUGUCCUUACAUUCACAGUCUGGGAAUAAGCCUUUCCUUUCCAUGAAAUUCCGGUGUUCCUUAGCCCCUUGGAAGCCUUGCCUUCUGCUUUCCUUGUCUCUCUUUUGGAAAGAACUUUAUGCAGGUGAGUGGUUUGUCAGCACUUGGUCCUGCCCUCCACCUUCUCUGAAGGUUACCUUAGGUGCGUGCGGAGUAAAUGUUCCUUCCAGUGACUCCUGUAGCCACACCUAGAAAGUUAUGCACUUCCUGGGCAUUGCAAAAAGAUAUAAAAGAGCUGUGGAGAGUCAGGGAGAGACAAUAAAGGCCUAAGGAGGAAAAGAGGAAUUAAUGUUGGAAUCUGCAGAGCAGAUACCACAAGACAGUCCUGAAUACCUGGUGGCUGUGUUUGCCAAUUUUAAACACAAUACACUGAGAUUAGAACAUCUGACAAAUAAUUAAAACUCCCAGGUUUCCAAGCCAAAAUAGUAAACCUCAACAAUAAAAUUUUUUUGUUUUCAUUUUUACCAGUAGACUAGUCAUAACAGUUUGAAACUGACCCAGGGAGACUGUUUCAGAAAGGGAAUACAGCUGCAUAUGGUUUGUCACGGGAAAUCAUCUUUGACCCCCACAGUUAACUUUGCAGAGGGAAUCCCCCAUGUUUUGGCGGAGCCCGGCUAUCUCCAGCAGUAUUGUUUAGAUAUGCAGGACUCGAUGGGAAAAAUGUUUCAAUACCAAAUGGUCUGCACAUGGUCUUCUAUUUUUUUUCCUAUAUGCAAAUGUGACCCUGAAAAGAGCCAAUUAAUUUAAGCCUUGCGUCAGAGCCGCACUUUCAGCUAUCAAUCAAGGAUGAUUAAGCUGCAUGGAUCACUUAACAAUGAAAUGACGACACAUUCCUGGCAUCUUUGACUAAAUCAAACUAGUGGAAGAAUGCAUCAACUUCUUUUACUCCCCUUUUUGUCACCUCCCCAGUCUGUCCCUUAGUUUACUAAGAGAGCACAUUCUUCUGCCCUUAGUAUUCACUGGUGAAUCAAAGGUGAGCACCUGAGAGCACGGCAGGGUGAGGGCGGACUCUUGCGUCUGUGAAUAUACAUAAAAGUAGUCAUACCUGCUUAUGGUUGUGCCCUCUUUCCCCAGAUUACCUUUGGUAGAGCCUUAUUUGCAUGAAGUUUGCAGAAGAUGAAAUUGUAGCAGUGUUUCCGGACAUAGUGCAAGUCUAAUCCUUUAAUUUUGAUAUGUCUACUUUGGUAACAUCAACAAAAUUUCCAUUCAUUAUAUUUAACUGAAAUAAAAUCCUUAAAGAUAAACCCUAGGAAUAUAAGCAUUUGAUGUUCAAUACGAGAAGAAUCCACGUAUGCAGAGGAUUCCAAGGAAGCCAUCGAACCUCUCUGCUUAACAAAAGGUAUCGUGUUUCUGAGUGCCGUAUAAAUAUUGAUAUUCUUCACCCACACUCCCGGAAAGGGAUACCAGGAUCUGUUGCAAAAUCCCACUCUUUCUGGCUUACAUCAUGGCUGCGUGACAUCAGGUCUGAACACCUGCCAGGAUGAACUGGAAGAGUUGGAAUCUAACUUGUCAGAAUCUGGCACUUCUGAUCAGAAGGUGUCCACAUCUCUGUCCCCUCCUUCAGCAGCACAUUCAGAAGCAUAUUUCUCCAAUUUGGUACAAAACUUCAUCAUUGAACCCAUCAGUGCCCACCCCAGGGUGACAAGAGGCUGAACAAUAAAUUUUCUAAGAAUGCCAAGAGUAAAAUCAUCUGUAUCGGCAGCACAAUGAUUCCCCUGCCCAACCUAACCUGAUGCAGAUUCCAGGUUGUGGGCAACACCUGCAGCUCAUGAAGAAACACUCCAGGACAAGGAAUGUGGCUCUGAGAUAACAGACAGCUGGGUGUUUGUCCAACACCUCGUGGCCUUUCUUUGUCAUUUGGAUGUCUCAGAUAUUGGAGCACAAGUCAUCUAGAUUGAAAUUUGACUAAAACCAAGCUCAAGCAGCUACCAAAAUAGUAGUGCUUUCAACCUCUAAAAGGCUGCCAAAAUUCAUAUCUUUCUGGAAAGAGUGGUAUCUCUAGGUCUUGAAUGUGGCACAAAAAUAUUGAUUUAAUAAUCCUUAAACAGUCAAUUUAAAGCAACAGUGUAACAGCCAGCAUUUACAAACACUUACACUGAAAGUUCUGUUUCUAUUUAAGUAACCCUCCCCUGUGCAUAAGUGAGGUGACGAGAUGGCAGUACCCUUGUUCAGCAUUCCAUAGCUUUUAAGUGGUGGAACCAAAACCAGAACAGGCUAGAUCCAAUUCCAAUGUCCCUCCUCUGUGCUCUAGAGGAGACCAACAUAUCUCCCAAUAUUUAAGGGAAAAUAUUUAUGUUGUAAGUUAAGUUUUGGUGAACUUAGCAAUGUACCCAAGUGAUCUGUAUGCAAAUGGGAAAUUAUUUCCUUGGCAACACAUAAAGUGACCUUUGUCAUGGAUUAAACAAAAAUUUCCCACUGUCAUUGGAGAUUAAGAGACUCAUUUCAUCCCUGGGGCAGAGAGCCCCAGUAAACCCUGACCUGUGUCCUCAGGACUCAGGCAUGAAGGGCCAUGUGAGAAUACCAGAGUUGCCCCACUUUGGGUGGCCAGGGAUCUCUGGUCCUGUGUGACUUCACUGAGGCACGCCUGGCCAGGGUGGUGAUGGAGAAGUGAAGCAUAGGUGACUCUCCCAUUUGCAGUCGGGCCUCUAUGAACCCCUCCUCUUGCCUGCUGGAUCCUGGCUUAAUGUAGACUUUGGAGAGGAACAGUAAGUGGAGGUGACUGAGCUUAGGAUAAAACCUGAAGACAGCAUUCACAAUCUAUGCACUGCUUCGGCAGUCAGAUGACCUAUCUGUGACGUAGCUGUAUGUUUAGCUGUGUGUGGCCUUUAGGAUCUGAUAGUCAGGUGAGUGUAGAAAUCUGAAUCCGAAGGUGACUCCAUGCUCUCCGCUGGCAGGAGGAUGUGCGUUGAAGUGUAUAAGAAGAUCUGGAGCACAGAUGUAUGCUUUGCACUCUCACAAUGAGUGAUUUAAAUUAAGCCUGAAUUUAGAGACCAAGAUGUCAGGCUUCUUUUGAAAAACAAAUGACAUAAAGCACUGCUCUUAUUUGCUCAUACCUCUAGGACUAUGUCCUCAACACCCAGCCAUCUUCUGCUGGUCAGACCACCAAUUCUGGCUCUCCUUGACCCUCUAAACUUGCAAACUUGGUUCUUGGAUAAUUUGGAGGUCUUUACUCAUCUAAAUUCUUCUGGAGCUAAUCCCCAAGUGCCUAUAGGGGGCCCUGUUGUACUGCCAACCCCCGCUUCCAUAUAAGACUCAGAUCAAAGAAUAGCCCAGGAACACACUCCCUGAAGAGCCCACACUCACCUGGAAGCUGGCAAGGUGGCACCUGGUGACUCAGACUCUGCCCUGCCCACACCCCCAACCACUCCCUGCUCUGGUCCUGGCGAGCUUUGCCUUCUCAGCACACCCUGCAGGUCACCUCCCAAACCACACAGUAACUCCUUUGCUAAGCACACCCAGUGGUUCUCCAAGCUUUCUGUUUUGCCUUUCCCACCUCCCCAUGCCAUCACUCUGCACCAGAGAAGUCCUCUGCUCCCUGGGGAACUCCACAGUGCCUGUCUAUGUGACACUCUUCCUGUCCGCCAGAGUCCUGGGUAAGCUUCAAGAACUGCCUGCUUCUUAAAGGCUGUGUUACUUACAGAUGUCAUGGCUUCCUCCUUUGAACAACCUCAGCAUCCUUUUAGCUUCUCCAGAAGUGUAUUCAUCCCACCACGUGUUAUGGCAAUUUAUGUUGUUGGCUAAAUUCCACGGUAACAAGAAUAAACUUCCUUCCUGCAGUUCAUGGCACAGACUGAGUGCAAGAGCCGGGGGAGCUUUUAUUGGGAGCUAUGACAAAUCCUGGUUAACAGGAGUGCCUGGAAUUUCACCUUCUGAGGUACAGCUCCCGCUGCCCCUUCCUGGCUGUCCUUCCCUAGUAAAGUUCCUUCACUUUUCUAAGGUCAGUAUCUGCCAUUUGUAGGAAGAGGAUGCAUGUGUCUCACUGAAUGUUUGAGGGUAAUAAGUGCUCAGUGCAUGUGAGCUUUUUUAUUGUGAUUGUCUCCUGUUCUUUCAGAUUAGGAAACUGAAAUGUAGAAAGUCCACAUAACUUGUUCAAGAUGGCCCUCUGGCACAUGGCAGGGCAUGGAUUUGAUUCAGAGCUGCCCAGGUCCAGGCUCUGUGGUCUUCCUAGGCAGGUGAGCCCUUGGUACUGGCUCCACUGAUCAGGGUACACUCAGCAGGGUACACUCUGGCCCCUGUUGUUUCAUGUGGGGUCAGUGUUCAAACUCCCAACUCUUUCCUAGUGUGUCAUUGGAGCUAAGCACUUUAACACAUAUGUGUCCCAGUAGUUUCCUUUAAAAUGGGAUCCCUUUAGGAUUACUGCAACUCAGAUGACUAGUGCCUAUAGACACAGUGCCCAUUCAAUGCAUGUUAGUUAUAAUCACUAAGCAUUUGAAACCUAUAGAGUUAAUUUUAGUAUGAAGUGAUAUGUUUCUAAAAAUUGCACUGUGCACUUUGAGACCAAAAACUCCAGAGUUGGGCCAGGGAUUUAGCUCAGCAACAUAAGUACCUGUCUGGCAAGCACGAGGUCAUGAGUUUGACCCCCAGUACCAAAACAAAACCAAACAAACAAAAAAACCCCAGGGUUUACUGGAAAAUUGCAGUCAGAAAAAACAUUAUAAGAAGCAGGCAUGAUGGCACAUGUCUGUGGUCCCAGCACUCAGGAGGCUGAGGCAGGAGGAUUGCUGAGAGUUCAAGGCCAGCCUGAACUGCAUAGUGGUAAUCUGUCUCAAAAGAAAAAAAAAAAAAAAUCAGUAACACAUUAAAACCAAGCAUCUAGGAAAAAAAUUCCUAAAAUUCAUUUGGAAACAGAAGAGACCUAGAAUACCAAAGGCAAUCCUGGGCAACUAAGGCAAGGCAGAAGGCAUCACAAUCCCUGACUUGAAAUUAUACUACAAAGCUGCAGUGAUAAAAUCAGCAUGGUACUGGAAUAAAAACAGACAAGAAGAUCAGUAGAACAGAUUAGAAGACACAGAUACGACUACAAAGACACUCAGACACCUUAUCUUUGACAAAGGGGCUAAACAUGUUCAUUGUAAGAGAUAUAGUCUCUUUAAUAGUGCUAGAAAAAUUGGCUUUCCACAUGCUACAGACUGAACUAGACCCAUGCCUAUCACCAUGCACUAAACUAAAGUCAAAAUGGAUCAAGGGUUAAAAUAGAAACAUUAAAUCUACUGGAAGGUAAGGUAGGUAGAAAUCUUGAAGACAUUGGGGUAGACAAAGAAUUCAUGAACAAAA